UCAUCACAUUCCAUCAAACCCUAGAAACCCUAGCAACAAUCCACCAGUGUGCAACAGGUAAGCUGCGGCGGCGAAAAUGGUGAAGUUUCUAAAACCUAACAAGGCAGUAGUCGUCUUGAACGGCCGUUUCGCCGGCCGGAAAGCGGUGAUCGUCCGGCAAUUCGACGACGGAACUCGCGACCGUCCGUACGGCCACUGUCUGGUUGCCGGAAUCUCAAAAUAUCCCAAAAAAGUGAUCCGAAAGGACUCUGCGAAGAAGACGGCGAAGAAGUCUCGAGUGAAGGCGUUCAUCAAGCUCGUGAACUACAAUCAUAUUAUGCCGACGAGGUACACUCUUGAUGUAGAUCUGAAAGAUGUUGUUACGGCUGAUGUGCUUACGUCACGUGAUAAGAAGGUGACUGCGUGUAAGGAGACCAAGGCUAGGUUUGAAGAGCGGUUUAAGACCGGGAAGAACAGGUGGUUUUUCUCCAAGCUCAGGUUUUAAAGAAGCGGUUAUAAGGUGUUUGUUUCUGUUUUGUUAUUGGUAUUGUUAGACUUAUUUUGAUUUAAUGCAUUUUGAACUUGAAAUUUUCAGUAUUGGAUUCAUGUGGUUGAUCUUUU